AACCGACGACUCAAUGUCUAGUAACAUGAUGAAAAUAUGAGGGAUUUUGUACACAAUUUCAUCACUACCUGACGAUGAGCUAGAUUGAUAUCCCACAUAAGCUGAAUACAGAAACAGUCCAAGAUGAGGCGGAUGAAAAUCAGAGCUGUGCCCAACAUGAGGCCAGGGGGUAGCCAGCGCACAGGGCAGAACAGAACUGCUGCCUCGUCUGGCCAGUCUAUUGCCAAGCUUCCAGGGAUUGUCAAGGAGGAGAUCCCAGGAAAUGUUCCUGAUAGCUCAGCAGAGCUAGAGGCAAAUGCACCCUCGCAGAGUUCAGAAAUAGAUCAGCCUGUUAGCCACACAACUGCUGAUGUAAUAGCACAGUCAAUCAAGUUAGAGAAGACUAGCGUAAAAGAAGCAUUGCCAGCGAAAGAAAGUUCACCCUCUACAAGCCAGACUUCUCUCUCUCAGAUUUCAUUGCAAGGGAAUGCUCCAUCUCAAAAAAGUACUUCAUUAGGCGAGGCUAGUACACAGCAAGACUCAUUAUGUACGCCACAGAGUGAUAACCAUGCGGUACAUGUUGUUAAGGAUACAAAGAUACUGACUGACAGCCAAGCAGAAGGAAGUUUGGGACCUCCAGAAGAAGUGAAAGUGAAACAAGAGUUUAUGCAAAAAACUGCAGUAGCUGGAGAAAACAAAUCUUUAGCAAGUAUGCGUAGAAAGAGAUUAAAAGUUGCACCAAUGGUAAGCACUGGUAGAAAAGGUGCCAUCACAUCUCCAAGUGUGUGUGAACCUAGUACCUCUAAAAAUACUGUAGGUAGUGAAACCAUUGACAGAAAGAUAGAGGGAACACUUACUGUGUCUCAGAGUGUAGGAGAACAGAGCAGGGAUGAGCAAAGUGCUUGUUCUCAAAUGGAAAAAGACUUUAUGAAAAAUAUUAGUAAAACAGAAGUUAUAGACAUUUGUACAGAAGAAAAAGAGUUUAGUCAGGGAGGAUCAUCAGACACAGCAAAAGAGAGUGAAAUAUCCAUAAUAAGUGAAGGCAUAGCAAGUGGCAUAUCAGGUGUAGUGUCAUGCAAUUCAACAUCAAAUGACAAAUCACAAGAUCCUCAGGUGAAAAGAGUCAAAUUUGCAGGAGAUACUGAUGUGGCUCAUACUUCAGAUUAUAAACCCACUGAUUCAGAAGUAGUAAUGAUAAAUUCAGAUAUUUCACCAGCUUUUCAGAAGAGUUCAGAAGAAAGAAGAAAUGAUGAAAGUCGAAACUCACUUUUGAAACAUAAAUAUGACAGUAAGGAAGGAGUCCAGGCAACAGAGUGUGUUGAAAGUGGUACAUCUCAGGGCAGUGGAACAUGUAUUAGGAGAGCAAGGAUACGAGCCAAACCUGCCCUUUCAUUGAAAAAGAGACCCCCCAAAAAGGUGGAUGUUGUGGAUGUGAAGAAAGAACCAUCCACAAAGGAGGCUGAAAAAGUAAAGGAUCAGCCUAAAGAACAUGAAAUGAGCACAGCCGUGUUAUCGUUGAGAAUAGGAGAUGUAGCUCAAGAGGAACCAGUCACUGACAGGACUGAAACCUCUGUUGUGCAAGCAAGAGAAAAAACACUGAAAAGAGAAACUGCUUUGGCAACAGCAGAAAGUUGUGAAGAAACCAUUUCAAAUCAACAGUUUAAAAGAACAGAUAAUUCAGUAGAGGAAAGCAAAGAGUUUGUUCUGCAGCAAAGUAAGAUACUGGAGAAGAAUCGACAGGAGGUGACACAGGAGGAAAGAGUGAGGGAUCAAGAAGAUGCUGACAGUGAUGACAGUUGUGGUGAUAAGGAGAAUUCAUCAAAAGGAAUCAAACAUAUCAAAAAGGAAGUGACAGCCAAGAGUAAGUCAUUUAAACAGAGUAAAGGAAAGUUGUCCCAAGUUGGCUUAACUUCACCAAAGAUUAAGCAGGGUAAGAAAAUAAAAGGGAAUGAUAUUGACAGCAAAGAAUUUCUUGAAAGUAUUGAGAAGAAAAUUUUCCGUGAGAGGAAGGAGAAGUUUAGAAAAAAAUUGUCAAAAGGGUCCUUAGAGCCAAAGAGCAUGACCAUGUUUGACCUUAUUUUCUUCAAUCCUGCAGCCAACCCAAUGCCAGGGCGCUCUGACUCGCCAAAGAAAAGGGGACGCCUCAAUAGUAAGUGUGAGACAGAAAGUGUGACUUCUGACAUCUUGGAAGAACAGAAAGUUGAUGAUAUGGGCUUGGAUGCAUCAGAACCUCCAGAACAAAGCCGUCCUAGCACACCAGAAGUCCAGGUGUGUGAGGAAAAUAAAGAGGACUUGCAGAAAGACUCACAGCAAGAUAGUGAAGAACCAGAGAAGAAUGAGGAGGAGGAGGAGGAACAAGAGGAACAGGAGGAAGAAGUAGACACAUUAGCUCCCAGGGUGAAAAUUGGUGCAAAUGGACAGAUCAUUCUAGAUGAGACGAGCCUGAAGAUCCGAACGACAGCUGCCAAGAAUAGGGAUGAGAUACUAAGCAAAGCAGAGGUUGUGGAAGAAAGCAACGACUCCAGCCACUAUGGGAAGUGGAGCAAGAAGAGGAAGCGGUCCUCCCUCUGGACAAUGAAAGAGACGGCUAGGUUCUAUAAGGCCCUCUCCACCGUAGGUACUGACUUCUCCCUGAUGGAAACCUUGUUUGCCUGGAGGUCAAGGGCUGAGCUGAAGACCAAGUUCAAGAAAGAGGAACGUAGCAACAGAGCAUUAGUUGAUAAAGCCCUUCAAGACUCCACCCAGUUUGACUUCUCCUUGUUUGAUAUUGAGUCUGAUUAUGACCCAGAGGAAGACAGAAAAGCAUGCAAAGAAGCUGAACGAGAAGAGGCCAAACGCAGACGGUUGGAAAUCAAACAAGAAGAGAAAGCGCGGGCAAAGGAGGAAAAGCAGAAAAUUAAGGCACACAAAUCAUUUUUAAGAAAAAAAUAUAAGAGAGAUCUGCUG